AUGGCAUCUUUAAGUGAAGAAAAAGAUCUAAUUGGAUCCAUUUUAAAUGGUAUUAAUAAUUAAUUAAUCCCAGAUGAUGAAAUUUCAUUAAUCUCAACUGUGUCUCAGAAGAGGAAACAAUUAUCACUCAAAUCAAAAGAAUUUAAUCCUGAGUAAGUCAUCAACUAGGAUUCUUUCCCCACUUCGAAUUCUAGCAUAAUUUCAACGGGAUCAGCAUCAUUCUAGAAAUGGCAAAUAUUUUUUCAUACAAAAAUCUAUAUAGAAAUAUAAUCCUUUUACAGACAAUCUUAAUUAUCUAAUCCUUUAAAUCAAACAUCAGAUUAGGAAUUCUUUGGUUCAGCUGACAAAUUUUAAUCAGCAAUUGAUUGUGGAGAGAAACUCUAGUUGAAAUAAAAAGUCAAAAAGUAUCUCAAGGAAUAGGCAAAGGAAAGUUAACAUAAAUAAUUUUAGUUAAACAGCUUUCAAAUUCUUGAUGGAAAUUUGUUACUUAGCUAAAAGGAUCUAGUAAAUAUAAUUAUUAAAAGUUCACAGGAACAAAUAUGUGGUAAUCAAUUGGUUAAUAGAAAAUUAUAAAAUGUGUUGGAUAAUAAUGAUCAAAAUCAAAAAUAAAUCAUUUUCUGUUAAAUUGAGAAAGAUUGUGUAAAAGCAUCUAAAGAUAUGUUUGGUAACUAUACAGUGCAAAAGAUAUUUGAUGUUGCAGAUUAUGAAUAAAAAUAUAAAUUGUAUUCUCUUUUGAUUUGUCACUUCUUGGAAUUAUCAAAAAAUUAAUAUGCUUGUAGAGUUGUUUCGAAGAUGAUCUAAUUCGUCAAAGAUUCUCAUGAACUAAUUGAGUCAUUAAUUAAAACACUUUAUCCGCUUAUAAAUUAACUUUUAAAUGAUGUAAAUGGCAAUUAUGUAUUGCUUUAAUGCUUUGAGAUAUUAGACAAAUCUACAUUAUUUUUCAUAAUUCCCUUAAUUGAAGAAUCUAUUGCCACUCUCUCGAAGUCGACUUAUGGUUGUAGAUUAAUUCAAAAGGUUUUAGAACUUUACCCUUUAGAAAUAACCUAAAGAAUUCUAGAUCUAUUAAUUUCUUUCUCCUAUUAAUUAUGCAAUUAGGAAUUCGGAAACUAUAUAAUCUAAUUCCUUCUUAAAUGUGGACCAUAGAAGGAAAAAUCUUAAAUUUGCUAAACUAUUAAGGAAAAUUUCGAAUAAUUAAGUUGUAAUAAGUUUGGUAGCAAUACAGUUGAAAAGUAUCUUGAUCUUCUGGGUCCUUCUUAAAUUAUUAAGAACUUAUGUAAAAUAUCAAAUGACCAAUUCGUAUUUUAUAACUUAUCCAUCCAUCCUUUUGGAAAUUAUGUUAUGAAAAAAGUUCUAAUAAGUGAAGACCCAUCAGUUCAUUAUUUAAAAUCACUAUUCAAACAGCAUCCAGAUCUUAUAUUAUAAUUAAAAAACUCUGAAUUCGGAUAAAGAGUUGCUUAAAUUUUGGAUACUUUAUGA